AGACUCUGCAGCCCGAGCUUUCGCCUCCGGCUCGAUCUCAAAGGAGGCGGCGGCCAUCCUCGGCAGCGAGGGGGCUGCUGGUUUUCAUAGCAUCAAAUGGUUCUCGGCCCAUAUGGGAAUCAAUGUGCACUCUGAGGUUGUUAACGCCAAUGAGUUGGCCCAUUACUGUGCGCGAGGUCUUACACACCGCGGCGGUUCAGGUGGACUCACGUACGGGCGGCGACUUAGGACUGUACAGGGAUUCGCUUCUCACCUUCCAUGAAAUCUUGGCACAUUAUCAACUUAAUCGGCGGGCCUUUCCGCUACCACACCCUAAACUUAAUAGACCACAAUCGUCGGCGUUUCGCAUGCUUCAAACGGGGUCAUUUCCCUCCAGGGGCCGAUUCAGUCACUUCGCGCCUAAUGUAGAACCCCACUGUCCAGACUGUGGGGAGGCGUACUGCUCCUUAUCCCAUGUGCUCUGGCAGUGCCCUGCGUUACGCAGCUCAUCGCUAAGCACUCUAACCGACUGGGAGGCAGCCCUUAAGAGUGGCGACCUCUCAGAGCAACCACGGGCUGUCCAGAGGGCCUGCGACAGGGCGGAGGACCACGAUCUUCCGACCCCGACGUGGGUGCGGCCCGCGACGGCUACGGGAACUCCCUGAAAAGGGAGGUACCCUAACGCCGGUUCCUCAGGACCAUUAAUAAAGUUCUUUGUCUGUCUGUCUGUCUCCUCUCAAAACUGUGUCCGUGUAGAUAAAGCUAUUCUACUCAAACGCCGCGCCAAGUUUUAGUUUUGCUUUUAGCCAUGCAUUUAGCCAGCAGAUAUCAAAACUAAUGGUGUUCUAAUAAUACCAAAGCAGUCAAACGCAUUUGAACAAGACCGACUGUAACAUGCAAGUUCUUUUUGAUUGGCUUUUAGGCGAGUAAUACGGGGCUCAUAUUUCGCUACAAAGCCCAUGUGACCCAUGCGACCCAUAUGCGCAUACGUCUCAAGGUCGAACCAAAAUGGCAGCGCCCAUGAGGGAGAGCACGCCUGCUGCUAUCGCCAACUUUCGUUGGUUCACUCGCGAUCGGCUUAUCGAAGAUGAGGACUCCCGUCUCAGUCGCUCGCAUUCUGAGACGCUCUUCCACCUCCCUGUCCACGUCGCCGGCGUUUCUUAGCGACGACAAGCGAGCCAGGGCUCUCGUGUCCACGUCGCGGUGCAUCUACCGCAAUCUCGCGCUCGAGCAGUGGCUCUACGAAAAUGCCGCGUUUUCGCCCGGCUCGCCAGGCGUGCUGCUCAUGUGGUGGAACGCGCCGGCGGUGGUGAUCGGGCGUCACCAGAACCCGUGGGUCGAGUGCAGCCUCAGCACGGCCGCUCGGCUCGGUGUCACCUUGGCGAGGAGGAACAGCGGCGGCGGCACGGUUUACCACGAUGCCGGCAAUCUCAACUGCUGCUUCAUGGGCCACAAGCGCGGCUACAACCGCAAGGCAAACCUGCAGUUUAUCGCCGACACGCUGAAGGCAGUCUGGGGUGUACAGUGCACGAUCAACUGCCGGGACGACGUGCUCGUCCAAAACGCCUUCAAGAUAUCUGGCACAGCAGCCAAGAUAGGCCACCAAAAGGCAUACCAUCACUGCACAGUACUUGUCAAUGUGAACACCACUGUGAUGCAUCAAGUCCUAGGAGGACGCUAUAGUAACAUUGAGAGCAAGGCAAGUCCAAGCGUGCGAGCAUCUGUCAAGAACAUCAAAGAGCUUUGCCCUCGUCUGACUGUGGAAUCCCUGUCGGCCUCGCUUGCUACCAGGUUCAACCGCCAGCAUCAAGACGAAGCAACAAACAGAGCAGAGAAUCAUGUUCUCCAUUUUGUUGAUCCAUUAGAAGAACACUUCCCAGGUAUCGAUGCCAUGUGUGAAAAGCUUCAGAGCUGGAAGUGGAUAUUUGGAACAACACCCAAGUUCACCAUCAGUGGAAGUUUCCUGCUUCCUGCUUCACAGGCCAGUUCACUUGAUCUUGGGGAUGCCUUGGGACUUAAUGCGGUGCUGAAAGUAGCGCUGACGAGUUACCACGGCCUAUUGGAGGACAUACACAUAACACCGUGCCUUCACAACCAACGACUGCUGUCUGUGAUAUCUGACAGGGUUCGUGGUGUGCGGUUUUUACAGAGUGACAUUGCUGAAACAUUCAAGAAAAUUAAGGACAGCAAUCCUGACAACAGUUACAUAGUAGAAUUUCUAGGAAAGUGUUGUACCACUCUAGCUGGAAACGCCCAGAGGUGACUGUUUGGCUGCAUACUAGUUUAUUUUUUUGUAUUGUCAUAUAUGUCAACAGUUUCGCGUCACAGACGUACAGACCCAGUGGGGGUGUCCAUAAUUGCGCUCAUUUUUCCUGGGAGCUCAUUAGGGUCACUUGUGCAAUGGAGAUGGCAGUUCGGUGCACCACUCGAGCUAGAAAUGUCCAGAGGCAAUUUAUUUGCCAGUGUACUAGUCCAUUCUUUAAAUUGUGCUUAAUAUAUUGUCCAAGGGAAAAAAUAUAUUAAGAUAGCUUUAUAUAAUAGAUGUGCAGACCAAUGAAGUUGCCAAUAAUUCUGCUACUUUGGCUGGCAAGCUCAUGUGGGUCGCUCGUUCAGUGGAUACGACCACCCCUUUUGCUUAAACUUGGAGUGCCCAAGCUGGGUUUCAUGAACUGCCAAAACGAAUCUGACCACAUCCCCCCUGGGGUGGAUUAUCAAUUACUAGAUCAUUUGUGUGCUUCUCUUGUUCUCAUUUUAAACUGUUCAAUUCAUUCAUUUCAACAGUUAUCGUGAGGCAUUGGAUAGGCACAUCUGUGGGAAAAAGCAUGUGUGUGUGUGUGUGGAGUUGGGGGAUUCAGAGGCACUCUGGGGAGACAAGUGGGGCACACCAUAUUAUGCGCGAGUUGGCGAUAUGUGCUCCGGGAAGUGUUGGAUGGCUUUGAUUACCGCUGAUAAAGAACACAUGCACAACGCA